CUCGUUUGGACUGCUUAAAGAAACGCACAGCUCUUUAUUUGGACUGAGCAAAGUAAAGGUGUCUGCUUCGUUCAGCAACAAGCGGAGAAGGGCAGGCAGCGAGGGAGAGCCGGUUUGAUUGACAGCUGCAGUGUCCCGCCACGGAAUUGUAGAGAUGUUUAUGAGGAGAUGGUUUAUAUAGUCGGAGCUCCGGGGCACUCUGUAUCAGUGCUCACAACAACACAACUCCUGUUGAGACAGAGACCCAGAGCGGAUAUAUUACAUACAGUAUAUACUGUGCCGAUCGACGAAAACUGCACCAAAACUGCACUCCACCGCUGCAACAUUAAACACGCCUUUAAACGCUGCUUUUGUUUAUAAAUAGUUUUAGUGUUAUUAUUAUUAUUUUAAAGUUUUUUUUCCUUUAUGAAAGUUGGUUGCAUUGUUUCAGCGUGCGCGUACCUAUCGGGUUAUCAUGCACUGCCAAGCCGAGUUAAGGCUCUCUUCCCCCGGGCAAUUGAAAGCAGCCAGGCGGCGCUACAAGACCUUCAUGAUUGAUGAGAUUCUCUCGAAAGAGACUUGCGAUUACUUUGAGAAGCUUUCCCUUUACUCUGUGUGCCCUUCGCUCAUCGUGAGACCAACACCUCUCCACUCCUGCACGGGCUCCUCUUCUCUGCGGGGCUUCCCCCUGCUCUCUGUGAUCACACGGCAGCCCCCGGGACUCGCUCCCUCUCCUUCCUCCCGCAUCCUCCCCCCCAGCUCCCUGGCCGAGCCCUCCUCCAGCGAGACCCCUGUCAGCAUCAUCAGCAGCGAGUCGGAGAGCGAGCAGAGCGUCCACCGGCUGAAGAAACCUCGUCGCAGCCGGACCAUCUUCACAGAGCUGCAGCUCCUGGGCCUGGAGAAGAAAUUCCAGAGGCAGAAGUACCUCUCCACCCCGGACAGACUGGACCUGGCCCAGUCUCUGGGGCUCACUCAGCUGCAGGUGAAGACCUGGUACCAGAACCGUCGCAUGAAGUGGAAGAAACUGGUCUUGAAAGGAGGCCAGGAGGCCCCUACGAAGCCCAAGGGCCGUCCCAAGAAGAACUCGAUCCCCACCACGGAGGAGAUUGAAGCCGAGGAGCGUCUGGCCAUGCAGGCGUCCACACGAGAGGAGCCGGCCGCUCAGCCGCCGGCAGAGUCCGAACAGGAGGGGCCAGCCGGUGAGCCGCAGGACCUCAGAAUGCGGGCCCCUAGCACAGGGAGCCCCACAGCGCCCGAGCCGUCCACGCAACAGCAGGCGCCCACACACCAGCCCGAACACCAGUCCGUGAGCUAAAGCACCCCCGCACUCCGGACGGUGUGAAAGACUGGGAAACAUGAGCACUUAGUGCCUUGGAAACGUGCCUCUCCCUACACUGCAGUAUAACAGACAGACGUCCCACGCAAAGUCCUGAUGCUCCUACGUACGCCGUUUGAAGUUUCUAUGGGUUCCGGGGGAACCUCGACAAGCAUGGCAAAAUGACUUAAUAGAACUUCCCAGCAUGCACUGGGCACCACUGUGUACCAUGAGGUCUCUUAUCCAAAACUUGACCAGCCCUGACCCAGCGUCAGCUUCUGACAUCACAAUCAAACACACCAGCCCUGACCCAACCACAGCUUCUGACAUCACAAUCAAACACACCAGCCCUGACCCGACCACAGCUUCUGACAUCACAAUCAAACACACCAGCCCUGACCCGACCACAGCUUCUGACAUCACAAUCAAACACACCAGCCCUGACCCGGCUCCAGCUUCUGACAUCACAAUCAAACACACCAGCCCUGACCCA